AUGGCACGUUCGAUAAGCAUUGUUUCUCCGCCUCCAUAUAUCGUGAGCCUGCCUGAGGCUGCUCAGGGCUUUGGCUUCAAUGAGUACGUCCUCCAGCCUCCCGAAUCCUCGCAAGUGCUGCUGAGACGCUCGGCAUGCCGUUCUUUCCCGAGUACGCUGAUGGAAAACGGAGUCAGAACGGUUCUGGAGCUGUAUCCCAGAGGCUGCAACUACAUCGACGACCAUGGCACUGUUCAUCGGAACUGUACCAUUGCGUGUCAGCAGCCUGAACUGGUAUGGGACAAUAUGCGCACUUUCCACAACUGUCUUGCGUAUCCGGCCGUAUCGCAAUGGCUGUCCAACGACAACGACCUGGAUCAGAAGAGCAUCGAUGCGGCGCUCGAGAUGGGGUUCGUGCCGUAUUUCAAUUUGACGCAUGUCGAGGAUCCGGUACAGGGCUGUCUGCAGAGCUUUUAUGCAAAGUCGGCAGAUGAUAAGGCGGAGUGCUGGGGGAAGGAGUACAAGGUCAGCCAUUCUACUUGGUCUUCGUGAUGACGAUAUGCUGAUUUGGUUCUAGACUCCACAGGCGAUUGCCAAGGCUGCUUGUGAUUAUUUCCAUCCGAGCCCGAACCUGGAUAUUGGAGGCAUUGGAGCUUAUCUGAGCUAUCUGAUCCAGUUGGGUAUACUGGUGAGUUUCUCAAUACAUCCCCAUACUCCUUGGAAUGCACGUUGCGCUAGCGAGCGCUGCGGUGUGGUCUCAGUCAUACUGACCACCUCAAUCCACAGGCGUACGCCUACUUACACACCCGUAUCAUGUCUACUUGGGCCAGUUGGAUUGCAUGGCUCAUCUAUCUGGUGAAAGGGCGCAAGAAGGUAUAGCAUGCCGCGGUGACCCUCGGCACUGCAUGCCCUCUCGAGUGUCAUCGCUGACCACAUCAUCUCAGGCCGAUCAAAAGGCUCUCGAAGUGCAAAACCGCGUCGACGACUCUCACCAACAAGCUGCCCUCCUCUCAUCGCUGGUUGAGUUCCAAAAGGCACAGAGCUACUUUGCCCUCACUCUGCAAGGCUCCGCGAUUGCCGCACUAGCUGGCAGCGGUGCGAUGUUCGAUGCAGAUUCCUUCAGACAGUUGCGCUUGACCGUCUAUCUUCUUGGCGACGUUGCAGUGACCGGAAUCGUCUGCAUCACCUCUGGCUUGUACAUCCUCCACAAUGCCGGCAAACAGAAUGGAUACACGACCUUGCUCUCUGUGCUGGCGUACUUUGUUUCUCUGGUCGUCUGGAUCCAGACACGACUGCCAUUGCACAGUUUGGGAGAAUUGACCAUGCUCCACCAGGACUUGCCAGCUUGUGGAUAUAAGUCGCCCGCGACAUACUGUAGGCUGCCGUCCAAAAUCAUGACAACUCUGAGAUCUCUCAACUAAUACUCCCAGGCGCUGCGGAUCUCCGACCUGUUACCAUCUUCGAAAGCGUCGCCAUCGCGCUCUGCAGCCUGACACUGCUCAUGGUCGUCAUCCUUCAACGCACGCGACUGAGUGACUACAAAUGGGAAACUCUCGGCAUGCGCCACUGGGUGCCGGAAGCCGUCGAAGCCAUCCACGCCGGGUUUGGCUUGGCGAUUCUAGUACAGAUGAUCACCAACGGAGAAAUGAAAGCCGUGGGCAGCGAAGUGCAAUGGACUUUUGCACAGCUGCUUUCCGUCACGAUCUGGGCGCCAUUAAUUGUGGAAUAUGUAUACGCGGCGGCACGGGGUGUCAAGGCUAUGCAGGAACACCGGGUCUUCGACGAGGAGGAUGAAUAG